ACGCAAUACAGCAGAAUGGGUUCAAUGAAAACGCGUCGAUGAUCGCGCAGGGCGCCUCUCCAGGAACGCCAGGUGACGCUGUUUUACGCACUUGCAAUCCCAGACCCCAAUCCCUUACGAGGUGGAAGUUUUCAUUCUUUCCACGUUUUUUGUAAUUUGACACCCCUCAAAAGGCUCGGAGCAGAAGUAUGGACCCUUAACUCGACUGGGUGGACAGAAGGAAGGAGCAGUCAGUCCGACCAGCGAGGACCGAGCGAAGCCCGAACGCUGUGCGCAAAAAACAGCCCGUCGCUCCGGCGGAGGAGGAGAUCGAGGCGGCUCGCGCGUCUCCAAAGAGGGGGGGAAAAAAAAACUAUCAGUCAGACUCAAAUGAUCCCUCAGCGACAAGUUUCAAUUUCCUCAGACGGAUGGGUGACUUCGCGCGGCGCUUUGUGAGGAGGAGAUGAUGAAGAAUUUCAGCGGCAGUCCCCUUCACAGCAACAACCAGACUUCCAACCACUUCAGAGAGCGAAACAACAAGCAGCACUGCCUUCUCUGGGCCGUACCGUUAAGGUUUUCUCUGCGAGGGUAUGGUUUCUGCAUGGCUACGCUGUUCCUCUUCUGCUUCGGGUCCCUUUUUUACCAGCUGAACGGAGGACCUCCUGAAAUCCUGCUGGGCAUCAGACAGUAUCUCGGUAAAUCCACAUAUUUGGAUGACCACAGACAACCGCCUCCAGGAGUGCUCCCGUUCCCCAGCCAGGUGGUUUAUAACCGUGUGGGGAAGUGCGGCAGCCGAACGGUGGUCAUCCUGCUGAGGUUACUGUCCGAGAAACACCAGUUCACCCUGGUCUCCUCUGACAUCCACAACAAAACGCGCCUCACAACAUAUGAACAGGUGGAUCUCAUGAAGAACAUUACGAAUAUCCCUCAGCCGUAUCUCUACACACGACAUGUUCACUAUCUCAACUUCAGCCGGUUCAGGGUCGAGCAGCCUGUGUACAUAAACAUCAUCCGAGACCCCAUCAACCGGUUCGUCUCCAACUAUUUCUUCCGUCGCUUCGGAGACUGGCGGGGGGAGCAGAACCACCUCAUCCGAACGCCGUCGAUGAAGGACGACGAGCGAUACCUGGAUAUCAACGUGUGCAUCCUAGAGAAUUAUCCAGAGUGCUCCAACCCUCGGGUUUUCUACAUCAUUCCCUACUUCUGUGGGCAGCAUCCGCAGUGCAGAGAGCCAGGAGUCUGGGCUCUGGAGAGGGCCAAGCAGAACGUGAUGGAGAACUACCUCCUGGUCGGGAUCCUGGAGGAGCUGGAGGAUGUCCUGGUGCUGCUGGAGAGGCUCCUACCUCAUUACUUUACUGGAGUCCUCGACAUCUUCAAGAGUCCUCACUUCAUGAAAAUGGGCAACAUGACCGGCACGGUGCGUAAACACACCCCCACCCUGGAGGCCCUGCAGGUGCUGUACCACCGCAUGCGCUACGAGUACGAGUUCUACGACUUCGUCCGCAACCAGUUCCACCUCACCAAGAAAAAAAUCGGCCUCAAGUCGAUCUCCAAGCCCCCCGCGUAUCCCCCGGCCUUCCUGCAGGAGCUGGCCCGCCGGACCCAGGAGCCCCUGGAGGAGGACGAGGAGCUGGACUCAGACCUGGAGAACGCCAACAGCUGGCUGGUCCAAUCUUAACGGCGGCUGGAGGAGCAGCGGAUGCGGCCCGGGCAGAGGCGACCGGGCUGGAACUGGCUGAAGAGGACUGGAGGCCGCCUGGGGGCCAAAGGGGAGCGUUCCCUGUCUUUAAGCAAUCUCAAUAACUGUGAGGUGUGUUUCGGGGCUGUCGGAUCCUGACGCCUGCGUCAUGCAGGUUCUGUUUUCUGUCUGAGAUUUGCUCCUGUAACGACAGGCUCAGCACUGAGGACUGGAGGGGGUUCUGGAAGGAAACAUGUCUUCUAUUUAAACUAUUUUAUCGUGGACAGUGGGAAAUAAUUCCAAGCUCAGACUGUUUGAUUCAAAUUUUCUUUGAGCUUGCCGUUGCUUCAAUCUCCAGGAGAGAUUAGUGUGAGGUGGGAACGGUUGAAUAUGUUGGAAAAUAUACUAAAUAUUGGUCGUUGGGGCGAUUGCUGCGGGAUCAUUGCCCAAGAAAGCGGUUCAUAUUUUAUUAAAUGGAUCAUGCUCUAAAAACUGGAUUGGGACAUGAUAUUCAUGAGUUUGAAAUGUGCCAUAAGCCUUGUGUGUAUAUCAGCUAUCCAGGAUGAGUGUUAAGUGCCAAAACCUCACGAAGAGUUCUGGUAACUAUGUGACAAGACAGCAUAGUCGGCGGAGUGAUGUCUGGAGGACUCGGUUUAUAGCAUUUUGUUUAAUUUGUAAACUAUUAUUAGGUAUAAAUGAGGGUUAAACUGUUAGCACUCAAUUAUGAAUUCAAAGAAUUCCGACUUUGUGUGCAUGGAUGAUUGAGUUUAACCAAACCAGCAGUGUAUCUUAGCAUAGCAUCGUAACAUUUGGUACAGGCCUUUCUCAAAUGGGGUGAGAGUCAAACACUAAAACAUUUAUGGAGCCAAAAUUGUGAUCCAAAGUUGAACAGAUUAACCGUGCCAAAAAAAAAAAAAAAUCAGUGCGUCUGCCGCGAUUCAUUAUCAAACUGUACGAAAUACACAGCACUUUAUUCAAAGUGGCCUGAACUAUUUGGCAAAAUGAGGGAUUUGGUCAGAACUGGAAAGUAAUUUCCUACCUUGGGUUACAAAGUGCGAGAAGGUUUCAUUUCAUCUAUCAAUAUGUUAUCAUGGAAGUGUGUGAAGUCUAGUUAAUGCUAACAUAAAAUAUUCCAGCAGCUUCUGGAGUGUGUGUUUUCAUCACUCUUGUAAGAAUCAUCCAUCUAUAAGCUAAUAUGUGAUCAUCAUCUGCAUAUUACCUUCCAUCCUAAUAUCAUUUGUAUGUACAUUUUUCAUUGUAAUACUUUAUGUUCUGUGUUUUCUUUUUUUUUUUUUUUUUUCUUUUGCCAGUUUAAUUUAUUUUUUGUAUUCAUUUGCAUUCCAGAUAAAUCUCUCAGGAAGGAAAACAUUGUUUUAAUAACUUGAUCAUUUUUAAUAGUGGUUUCUGGUCGCUUUGAACGUAUUUUUGUUUUGGCAUUUGGAUGAAGGGUGUCUAGAACGAGCUCACAUCAACAGCUGAAGACUGGUUAUCAGCAACUAAUGCAGUCCAUCAUGUUACAGUCAAUAAAUGUCCUCUUAAUGAUUGCAGAACAG